AGUCUCUGAGGAAUCCCGGAGGCCCGGAGUCGCGGCCUGAGGUCGAGAGUAGACUGCCGGCCGCGUUUCGGAAGCCGCGGGGCCUGAGGGAGGGUGUCGGCCGGCUCGGAGCCGCCACAAAGAACGCGGCGGUGGCUGAGAUUCCUCCUGCUGAAGAGAGGAAAUCUCAUCCAAGGCCACAAUGUCACUUCCCAAUUAUCCCUGGGCUGCCUGCUUAAGCUAACACUGCCAGAAUCCUGCUCCCUUGGGAGGAAUCAAGCUGACUUGGCAUGAGGUUCCUGCUUUCCUGGGGUUGAGAGAAGCACAACUAUGGCUUCUCUUGAUGACCCAGGGGAAGUGAGGGAAGGCUUCCUGUGCCCUUUGUGCCUAAAAGACCUUCAGUCUUUCUAUCAACUUCAGUCACAUUAUGAAGAAGAGCACUCAGAAGACCGUGAUGUCAAAGGACAAAUUAAAAAUCUUGUUCAGAAGGCUAGGAAAGCAAAGAACAAGUUGUUGAAACGCGAAGGGGAUGAUCGAGUGGAACCAGGGACCCAAGGAUAUGAAUCAUUCAGCUAUGGAGGGGUGGAUCCUUACAUGUGGGAACCCCAGGAGCUUGGUGCUGUGAGAAGCCAUCUUUCUGACUUCAAAAAACAUCGUGCUGCAAGAAUUGACCACUAUGUUGUAGAAGUCAACAAAUUAAUAAUCAGGUUGGAGAAGCUCACUGCAUUUGACAGAACAAAUACUGAGACUUCAAAGAUUAGAGCAAUAGAAAAGUCUGUGGUUCCUUGGGUCAAUGACCAGGAUGUCCCUUUCUGUCCAGACUGUGGGAAUAAGUUCAGCAUCCGGAACCGCCGUCACCACUGUCGCCUCUGUGGGUCUAUCAUGUGCAAGAAAUGUAUGGAGCUCAUUGGCCUGCCCUUGGCAAAUAAGCUCACCAGUGCCAGCAAGGACUCCCUGAGCACCCAUACCAGCCCCAGCCAGUCACCUAACAGUGUCCAUGGCUCCCGCCGGGGCAGCCUCAGUAGCAUGAGCAGUGUCAGCUCAGUCCUGGACGAGAAGGAGGAUGACCGCAUUCGCUGCUGCAUACACUGCAAGGACAAGCUGCUCAAGAGAGAGCAGCAGAUGGACGAGAAGGAGCACACCCCUGACAUCGUGAAGCUCUACGAGAAACUACGACUUUGCAUGGAGAAAGUUGACCAGAAAGCUCCUGAAUACAUCAGGAUGGCAGCAUCUUUAAAUGCUGGGGAAACAACCUACAGUCUGGAGCAUGCCAAUGACCUUCGAGUGGAAGUGCAGAAAGUGUAUGAACUAAUAGACACUUUAAGUAAGAAGAUCUUAACCUUGGGCUUGAACCAGGAUCCUUCACCACAUCCAAACACCUUGCGGCUACAGAGAAUGAUCAGAUAUUCAGCUACACUAUUUGUGCAGGAAAAGUUACUGGGUUUGAUGUCAUUGCCAACCAAAGAACAGUUUGAAGAACUGAAAAAGAAAAGGAAGCAAGACUUGGAACAGAAGAGGACCAUGGAGAGACAGGCUGCUCUGGAGUCCCGGAGGAAGCUCGAAGAAAGGCAGAGUGGUUUUGCAGCCAAUGGGGAAGCGAAGUCUCUCCGAGGCAUCCAUGCUCCCUUGCGAAAAGCUGAGGGCUGGCUUCCACUGUCAGAAGGUCAGGGGCAGAGUGAAAACCCUGACCCUCUCCUCCAGCAAAUCAACAACAUCACGUCCUUCAUCAGGCAGGCCAAGGCUGCAGGCCGCACAGAUGAGGUGCGUACACUUCAGGAGAACCUGAGGCAGCUGCAGGAUGAGUAUGACCAGCAGCAGACUGAGAAGGCCAUUGAACUGUCCCGGAGGCAGGCUGAGGAGGAGGAGCUGCAGCGAGAGCAGCUGCAGAUGCUCCGCAGGCGGGAGCUGGAGCGAGAACAGGAGCAGUUCCUGGCAGCAUCCCUGCACACACGGACUCGUGCUCUAGAUCUCCGAGAUGUCGUACCCUUCCAGUUGGAUCCCAACCGAGGGCCUCACAGUGAUCUUGCCUAUGCCUUGGAUCAGGACUUCUCCCCAGUUCAGGGCAGCACUGCCCCCAAUACCCUUUCACCUGGCUCAACUCUAGCACCUAUCCACUUAUGGUCUGGGCCCCCAGCACUUGGCCAGGAAUUACUCCUGCAGAACACCAUGUCACAACAAAGUGAUAAGACCUCUCUCAACCCAUUUGAUGAAGACCUCUCCAGCCCUGCAGAGGGUGCUACCAGCCCUGCUGCUGCAGAGGCUUUCCUGGGCCCUUCAGCUCCUGUCACCAGAGAAUACAAUCCUUUUGAGGAAGAUGCUGAGGAAGAGGAGGCAGGAGAGUCAGGGGCAGGGAAUCCCUUCACUGACCCAAACAGUCCAGCACCCAACCCCUUUGAUGAGGAUGACCAUCCCAGGCCUGCCAGCCCACCUGCCCCUGGAAACCCUUUUGAGGAGUGCCCCUGCACCAACCCCUUUGAGGUGGACAGUGACAGUGGCACAGAGGCUGAGGAGCACAUUGAGGAGGAGCUGCUCCUGCAGCAGAUUGACAACAUCAAGGCUUACAUCUUUGAUGCCAAGCAGUGUGGUCGAAUGGACGAGGUUGAGGUGCUGACUGAGAACCUUCGGGAGUUGAAGUGUACCCUGGCUAAGCAGAAGGGGGGCCCUAACUGACAGCAGUGGUCAGGGACCAGGCAGCAGGGUACCGAGGGGGAGGAGGAGCUAGGUGGGCAUCUGGAUGCACACAGUGAGGGGUGGGAACAGUAGUCUCUUGUUGUGCACUUUGAGGUGUUUCCACUAUAGUUGAACAAGAACAGAAAACAAAUCGGCAUUCGUUUGCUGGUUUUUCUGUAUUAUUAUUUUUUUAACGGUGUGUUCCCUUUUCAGGGGACUUUACCAUUUUAUUUCUGAGAUACAGCUCAGUGCAUCUCUGUUGGGCCAAGGCAGAAUGGCUCCUGGACACCUCUUGGUCCAUUUCCUGCUGACUGGUCUUGGUCUUCAAUGCAGUAUUAUAGGUCAGUCCUUCACGGGCCCCUUCCUGUAGCCAAGACAGGUAGGGACUCUGGAAGAAGACUCUAUUUGGCUGUUGCCUUUCACCACCUCCCUCCUUGGGCUGUCUCCUGGACACUUAGGGAGAUGGCUACUAUGAAGGGAAGUCUGGACCCAGGGGGACUAGUGGAGACGUUGCCAGUGUUAUCCUCUCCCAGUUAAAGGAAGUAAAGUUUCCAAGUGCAGGGUUGUCAAUGUGAGCUUGAUUAUGAGAUAGGAGUGAUCAGCUUUUUGGUGGAUGUUAUAGUUUGGGAGAAUGGCCACUCUCUAGGUCACAUUGAAGGGCCUGUAGUGCAAUUUAGGAAUCUGACCAGGAAGCUUCUGUGGAGUAUCGGCAGCAGAUGGGACACUUCUGAGUCAGGAAAUAAAUUUUAGCCUUCACUGUGGUUCAUCCUGACCUGGGAAACUGGUGAGAUGUUUUCCUACUACUUGGAGUACUGAGAAAGAGAAAUAUUUGAUGCACAACCUCAGAUCAUUCCAUAGUCCUGAAGUACUUGAACUCUGAUAGGGACAGAAAGAGAAGUUAUGUAGCUUAGUGCUUUGGUUUACAGAAACAGAUGGGUUGACAGAUGACUUUGUAAGAUCCUGGUGUGCUCAGCUCUGUGUAAUCUCUUCAGUGAUGCUAUUUAGUUAAUGGACAAUAACUGACCACUAGGCACUUUACCCCUGAGCCAUGGCUUCUGUUGGUUAUUGGUGUAUAGGCUGAAAUUCUUUUGUCACAUUCUGGUGAAGAUCCAUCUUGGUGGUAAGAAUGGCAUCUGGUGCAAAGAUCUCUAUUUUGGCAACUGUUCAUUAGUAUCUGUUGGGGGCUUUGACUGGGUAGAAAGUCCUGUUGGAGAGGGAGGGUAAUGGAGAACUUUUUGGGUUCUGUCAGCAGGUGUUUACUGACCUGUGAGUGUAUUACCAGUGCCAGUCAGUUGCCAGCUCUGGUGGUGUCAUGGGCUGUCCUGGGAGGUGGGCAGCCUGGCAUCCGAGUUUCCUGGGGCAGGCCUCUUCUCUUGCUAAGGCCCAGGCUCUAGAUGCUGUUGCCCUACGGUUCCAGACAGGCCCAGCAUAUCCACCUUGCUUGGACUGUCUUUUGUCUGAUGGAAGAGGAGGCGGCUCUUUACACAGAAUGAAGCUCAAUACUGGUUCCCACAGCCACUUUUCCUGAUAUAGAUCCAAGGUGUUCAGGGUGGUAUGGCUGUAGACAUUGCUUUUCUUAAUUAGCUAAAUGUACUCCUUUCCUGAACUCACCUCCAGGUAGCAGUCUGUGACUGAGAGCAUGGAAAAAACAAGUGCUUCUAACAACUAUUUUUAAAAUCUCAAUUCACUGAGUAUUAAACCAAGUAAACAGACCCCAGAUGUUUCACUGAGUUUCUCCUUGAAUUCCUCUUUGACAAUACUCUGUAAGUAAGACAUGACAGGGGAGACUUGUCUACCCUUUGGCUGUAUCACUUCCUAGAAUUUAUGUAGGUCAAGGUUGGUUUGCAGAGGGUUUGGCCUGUGAGUGUAACUACACAGUGUACCUCAUUUGAACCCUUGCUGACCCAGAGGUGCUCCAGGGAAAACAGCCCCACCUGCUUAGUAAAGGAGCACAUCCUUGACAGGGAGUUGGCAGCUCCUCUAGACAGAGGUCACGCUCGUCUGUGGAAGGGCUUCUGACUUUGUCCCCUUCUAACACACUAAGGAACUGGAGCCUCACUCACGGCACUUACUGCUCAUCAUGUCUUUGUUGUCAGAUGCUAAAAUGUCCUUCUAAGUCAUCAUGAGUCAUGUGGCAUAGCUAGGCCAUUCGAUCCGCAUUGAGGAGUUGGUCUCUGUACUAGGUCAGACUGGAGGAACAGGUGUGCUAAUAAUCAUGGUGGCUGUCAGCUCGAUGGUCAUUGAUGUGCAUGCACUACACUGGGGCCUUGUAUCAGAGGCUUUUAUUAAAAUAAAACAACAUGUAUGUGAGUCUUUUAUUAAAAAAUAACAUGUUUG